UGCCUGCCUGCUGCUGCUGCUUGGUGUCCGCUCACCGUCCGUCUCGUCAGUGUUGAUCGGCUCGCCAUGGCGGAAGGACGCAGAGAACAGCCGCCUCAUCCUCUCCUCUCCUUACCACCGGCUAGCAAGCGACCCUGCCUUCGCCCCGCUCCCCGAGGUCCCGGUCCGGGGCCCGGCCACGGCAGCGGCUUGCCCGGCUCCCGGUACCGCUCCCCGGAGUCCCUCCUGGACUGCGCCGCGAAGGCAGUAGCGGAAAAGUGGGCCUUCGAGAGAGUGGAGGAGCGCUUCGAGCGGAUCCCGGAGCCCGUCCAGCGACGCAUCGUCUACUGGUCUUUCCCCCGCAACGAAAAGGAGAUAUGCAUGUACUCUUCGUUUCAGUGCCGAGUGGCCGGCGAGGAGGGUCCGUCCGCGGCUACCGCUGGAGCUGGAGGUGCCGGGUCCGGAGCUGCCACCGCCGGUGGUAGCGGAGGAUCUACCGUCGGUACAGCGGCUACCGUCGGGGCAGCCGGAGCAGUGGGAACGGGAGACGGACUGCCGUUCCGCCGGGGUAUCAGGCUGCUAGAGACCGGCUGUGUGGAAAACGUUUUACAAGUCGGAUUUCACCUCAGUGGCACAGUAACCGAACCUGCCACGACGUCAGAGCCAGAGGUCACCCACAAGGUGGCCAUCAGCUUCGACCGCUGCAAGAUCACUUCUGUCACCUGUGGCUGCGGGAACCGAGACAUUUUCUACUGCGCGCAUGUGGUGGCACUCUCUCUUUAUCGGAUUCGCAAGCCUGAACAGGUGAAGCUACGGUUGCCCAUCUCAGAGACGUUGUUCCAGAUGAACAGGGAUCAGCUCCAGAAGCUGGUCCAGUAUCUGAUCACAGCCCACCACACUGAGGUGCUGCCCACCGCUCAGAAACUAGCCGACGAGAUCCUCUCCUCCAACUCCGAGAUCAACCAGGUUCAUGGUGCUCCAGACCCGACUGCAGGCGCCAGCAUUGACGAUGACAACUGCUGGCAUUUGGACGAGGACCAAGUCAGGGAGCAAGUCAAACAGUUUCUGUCCCAGGGAGGGUACUACGGCUCUGGGAAGCAGCUCAACUCCAUGUUCGCUAAGGUUCGGGAGAUGCUACGAAUGCGAGACUCCAACGGUGCCCGAAUGCUGACGCUCAUAACGGAGCAAUUUAUGGCAGACCCCCGGCUGUCGCUAUGGAGACAGCAAGGCACGGGCAUGACGGACAAAUGUCGGCAGCUAUGGGAUGAGCUGGGUGCAUUGUGGGUGUGCGUGGUGCUAAACCCCCACUGUAAGAGCGAGGAGAAGAGCAGCUGGCUGAAGCAGCUGAAGAAAUGGGGGGACAUGGACGUCUGCCCGCUGGAGGACGGCAACUACGGCAGCGAGCUUCCGAACAUCACCAACGCUCUGCCGCAGAGCAACCUCGCACAGGACUCUCUGUCCAGGCCGAGGAGGACGGUGUUCAGUCGGGCCAUCGAGGCCUGCGACCUCCACUGGCAGGACAGCCACCUCCAGAGAAUCAUCAGCAGUGACUACUACAUGUCUCCGUCCUACCAAAGAGAGGGAGAGAGUCUGCUGUUCAACCCACAGGGCCUGCCGCUGUGGCUAGAUCACGUCCCGACAGCGUGCGCUCGCGUCGACGCCCUGCGUUCCCACGGUUACUCCAGGGAAGCCUUGCGAUUGGCCGUCGCCAUCAUCAACACCCUCCGCCUCCAACAGCAGAGACAGAUGGACAUCUACAAACACCAAAAGAAAGAGCUUCUCCAGAGAGGUGUUACCUCCACCACUAAUCUGGAAGGCUGGGUGGGUCAUCCCUUAGACCCGAUUGGAUGUCUGUUCGUGACGCUGACAGAAACGUGCCGUGUGGAUGACGACAACACCAUGGAUAUUGGAGAAGGUGACCCCAGACCUCCAGUCUACCACCAUGUGCCAGUGUGGGGGAGUCCAGAUGGGGGGGAGUCCUACCUGACCCUGGCCUUGGAGGUGGCUCUGAUGGGGAUGGGCCAGCAGAGGAUAAUGCCUGAGGGACUGUACGCCCAGGAUAAGGUCUGUCGUAAUGAGGAGCAGAUUGUUGCAAAGCUGCAAGAACUGGAGCUGGAUGAUCUCCUGGUUCAGACGCUUCGGAAACAGGCAAUACAACUACUGGAAGCUGGCCCGUUCAGUGGUCUCGGUGAGGUCAUCCACAGGGAAAGCGUUCCAAUGCACACCUUCGCCAAGUACCUCUUCUCGGCCCUGCUGCCUCACGACGCAGAUCUGGCUUAUAAGGUGGCUCUACGCGCCAUGAGGCUGCCGGUUCUGGAGUCGUCGGCCGGUUCCGGAGACGUCGGCCACCCUCAUCAUGGCAUCUCCAUAGUUCCAAGCAGAUACCCGCGCUGGUUCACACUGGGACACUUGGAGUCCCAGCAGUGCGAGUUGGCCUCAACUAUGCUCACUGCUGCUAAAGGUGACAUGUUGAGAUUGCGGACGGUGCUGGAGGCCAUCCAGAAAAACAUCCACUCCUCUUCCUUAAUCUUCAAACUGGCCCAAGAUGCCUUCAAGAUUGCCACGCCCGCAGACAGCCCGCCUGAUAUAACCCUGCUCAACGUGGCACUGGAGCUGGGACUGCAGGUGAUGAGGAUGACUCUGUCCACUCUGAACUGGAGGAGGAGGGAGAUGGUUCGCUGGCUGGUAACCUGUGCCACUGAAGUCGGUCUGCGGGCUUUGGUGAGCAUCCUACAGAGCUGGUACACUCUCUUCACACCGACCGAGGCCACCAGCAUCGUGGCGGCCACCGUCAUGUCCCACAACACCAUCCUGCGCCUCAGCCUCGACUACCCCCAGCGGGAGGAGCUGGCCAGCUGUGCGAGGACCCUGGCUCUGCAGUGCGCCAUGAAAGACCCCCAGAACUGCGCCUUGUCAGCUCUGACGCUGUGCGAGAAGGACCACAUUGCCUUCGAGACGGCCUACCAGAUCGUGAUCGACGCGGCGUCUACGGGUAUGACCUACUCACAGCUGUUCACAAUUGCGAGGUACAUGGAGCACAGAGGGUACCCGCUGCGAUCCUUCAAGUUGGCCUCCCUCGCCAUGACACACCUUAACCUGGCCUACAACCAGGACACACACCCGGCCAUUAAUGACGUGCUCUGGGCCUGCGCACUCAGCCACUCUCUGGGGAAAAAUGAGCUUGCGGCCAUUAUUCCCCUGGUGGUGAAGAGCGUGCAUUGUGCCACGGUGCUGUCCGACAUCCUGCGGCGGUGCACCAUGACGGCGCCGGGUCUCGCCGGCAUCCCCGGUAGAAGGAACUCUGGGAAGCUGAUGUCCACGGACAAGGCGCCGCUGAGGCAGCUCCUGGACGCCACGAUCUCAGCAUACAUCAACACCACGCACUCUCGACUGACGCACAUCAGUCCGCGGCACUACGGGGAGUUCAUAGAGUUCCUGAGCAAAGCACGGGAAACUUUCCUGCUGGCACAGGAUGGCCACAUUCAGUUCGCCCAGUUCAUAGACAAUCUGAAACAGAUCUACAAGGGCAAGAAGAAACUGAUGAUGUUGGUCAGAGAGCGCUUUGGCUGACCUUACCCCUCCCUCACAGAGACCCUCUACCUGGGAAGUAGUUCAACUUAUUUGUUCCUAUUUAAAGUUUGUUUUUGAUUCUUUGUAUUUUUACUUUUUAUGUUGAGCCAUUUGUUGACUAAGUCUUAAGUUUUUGUCCUGUUUUACUGUUUUGUUUCUUGAAUGUGAACCAGGAAGUGUUCGCAGUACAUUGCUCUACUUCACUGAGACUGCAAAAAGGGGGGGAAACGGCUUGAAAUGUCAAAGAAGCAACAAGAAAAACAAAGGAUUUUCCUUCCAACUAAUGUUAAAUCUAGUGUGAAAAAGUCAAAAGAUUGUGAGGACAAAAGUAAAUGGAACUUUUGUCUUUCUGUGGCACAUGUAAAACCAAAUGAUGUUGGAUGGGGCGUAUACUUUGAGCCAGGAGACGCUUUCAGCUGGGGUUAAGAAGAAGAAAAAGAAGUGGUUUUAAAAGUGGAAGAAACAUGUCAUUCCAACAAAAAAAGCAAACCACUGAGGUCAAAAACACGCGUAGUGUUACUGUCAUACCUCGACUGUAUUAUUUGUCAGCUUUAACUUCUCUGUCAAAAAAAUGGCCUCUUGUUUCAUUCAGGGCAUCUUAGCGUAGAGAGGGCAGAAUACAGAAUUACACAUGUGUGGGUCUCUUUGUAGAAGAAGUCAGCACCGGCAAAUUUACCAACCUUCACCUGCUGGUUUCCGAAGAAUAGCUUAAUAGGAGGAACCAUGAUGCUUCACAGAGUGCAUGUUUUUAAAUCCAGAAGCAUGACGGUGACGUUACUCAGGCCGCUCUAGCAAAGGUAGAGUAGUCUAGCCUCCAUGUGCAUAUAUACUUAAAUAUAUAUACAGUAUAUCUCUCAUGUCCUCCUAUAAGCUUGUUAACAGUGACAAAAUUAAACUGUGAUGAACAGUGGGGUCACAGUAUUCCCAUCUCCAGAGACACCACUGCACUGCUGUUCAGCUAUUUGUGGCCAAAACUCUUUGAAACGUGUAAGACUCCAGCGGUCACUUUCCACUCGCUAGGUCAAGAUUUAGUCAACAAGCAAUAUAAGUCAAGCCUCUGCUUCAUGUUUAUCGCUUAGCGGCAUUAAGUUGUUUUCUGCCAGGAAGCUUUGGAACCUGUCGGGACUUCGUUGAUUUCAUUAGCUGUCUGUUGCUCGAGCCUCUUUUCCAUCACAAGAACCUUUCAAACCUUCUCACUGUAGUCUGACUCAACAGAUGUAGACUGCAGGUAUAAGCCUAAUUUCUCUUUUUGCUCUCUCGUGUUACCUUUUUCAUUACGUAAAAAAACCCAACAACCUCAGAGUUCUGGUUUUGCAACAAAUUUAGAUCGCACUAAAAGGUAGUUCUGCUAUUUGUUGCCUAGUGAAUCAUCUUUUAAUGAAAUUUCUCAAAUUCUUGUGUGCAAAUGCAGCAAAUUUGUGUUUAAACCCAGCCGGCAUUAUCAGAAAUUAUACUAGCUGUAGCAAGUGAUAGCAUUUUUUGUGCCUGAGGAUAGGGUACAACAUUAAUAGCUUUUAAAGGACAUGGAUGACUUGUCUAGCAUCAAAAAACAGUUAAAAUAAUGUUAGUUCUAUGCAUUUAUACCCCGCUUAAAGCUGAACUAAUUAAUAUUUAGAUAAACAUCAUCUUUUUGACAGCCUGAAAAUUUACCUCAUUUCGACCUUCAGGUUUUAUGAUACUUGCAGAGCACCAAACAGUCAGAAUUAGUAGUUAGCCAGCAAAGGUUUUAGCUUCUUUAGGGGCAAAUAUUUUCCUAAGUUGUCAAUAGAAACUAAAACAUGGCAAUUAUAGGAAUGAAAAUUGAACUUACAUUUGUUAGGUUGUCAGAAAACUAUCUCUACAUGAUUGCUAUUAAUGUUAACAUAUUUAGUAGCAACUGUUUGCUAACAUGCUAACUAAGCUAACUUUAUAAGGUGAUAAUACAUUAAUGUAGCAUUUUAGCGUAUUCUGCCUUCUAAAAAAAUUCAACUUUGCCUAGAUUUUUAAACCCUGCAUAUUUACUAUUUUGCUUCAAACUGCAAAAGAAGAGAAAUUACCAGCUAGCUAGUGAAUAUAGUGAAGGUUUUAGCUUCAUAAUUGUCAAAUGUGUUUCUAAGGAGUCAACAGAGACCAAACUAGAGCUAACAUGAGAAUAAAAAGCGCUAGGUGGCCAGAAAAUCAUCUCAAUGAAUGCUAAUAUGGUUGCGUUGCUGUGUAAAUUAGCAAAGGUUUGGUAACAUAUUAGCUAAACCAGCUUUAUAAGGGGAUAAUACAUCAAUGUAGUGUUUUAGCAUAUUCUGCUGCCCCAAAAUCACUUUUACAGCCUGCAAAUUCACAACUUUGCUUCAAAUCACAAAAAAGUCACUAUCAGCUGGCGAACAUAGGAUAAGUUUUAGCCUCUUAGAGGUCACAUAUUUUUUCUAAGCAGUCAAUAAAGACAACACUAUAGUGCUAGGUGGCCCUAAAAACAUCUCUAAGUGAAUGCUAAGAAUCCUUUAUUGCUGUGUAAAUCAACAACUGUUUGCUUACAUGCUAGCUAAACUAAGUUUACAUGUCAGUGUUGGGGUCCUAGCUUAAUCGGCUGCCAAAACACUAAAAGUAUUGAUGGUUUAAGUCAUGCUAACUUUUAAAUUGAUAAAAAAAAUGUAGCAAAAGGCUACUGCAUUAAUUGCACUUUUCUUUAUUUCGGCUAAAGCAAAACUAAACAUGUUUAAUUUCAAGUUUUUUGCUCUUGUGAUGGAAAAGGGCUGAGAAUCUACUGGCUGUGAUCAUUGUGGACUGUGAAGAUGAGUGUCUUUCUCAAAGGGUUGCAGACACACAGUGCAAACACUAGAACUACCGUAUAUUUUUUGACUUCAUCGUACGUAUGCGAGACCACACGGCUUGGCACAGGAAGUUACUAUUUUCCUCCUCACGCUCCCUUUUCUUACCCAGUGGCAAAGUGUUGUUGUUAACGGCAGUAUACAGUACAGCAAGAGCUUGAAUUCUUUACUGGUCGGACUAAACGUCAUCGUACAAGCACUUCACACAAAUACCUCUUCAGUACGUUCCUGCCUGCUUCAGCAUUUAUUUAUUGAUUGUUUAAUGACUUUGUAUGACUGAAUAGGAAUCGCAGACACUCAAACAGAACCGGGGGAUAUUUUCAAAGAUGAAGAGAAGAAGGAUUUUUUUUUAACAGAGGAGCAUUUCCUUGUCUGCUUUUACAUUCCAUGAGAGCUACCUUCACCCAACUAUCUGGGUAGUCAGUCACAACUCUGGGCCUUUUUUUGAUCUGAAGAAAUGCAGAUAGAAGAAUGGAAACAAGAUUUAAAAAAAAAAAGGAAAACUGAGCAAGAAAAGAAAGAAAAGAGAGGCUAAACUCAGUUCUCAGGGACAUCACUUAAAGAAACAAAACAAAAAGUAGUAGCAUUAAGCAUUUAAGAUAUUGUAAAUAUUAAAGUGUCAAUUCAGAAAAUUGUAAAGUUAUAAUUAUUUAUGAUAAGUAUGUUACGUGUUUGUUUUUUCUUUAUUUUUAUGUUUUUCGGCGGGGUGUACUUGAAUUGUUUUGGACGAGGGGAAUUUGACAGCGUUUUUUGUAAGAGCAAAGACUUCAAGGCAUUUCUCAGGUGCUCCGGUGUACAUUUCUUUCCGUUUGUUUGUUUGUUUUUGCUAUAACAACUAUUAUUAUUAUUUGUACUUUCUUUGUAUUUUUUUUUUAAUUUUGCAAAGAAAAAAAAUCUGUUUUCCAAAAGGAAGCAUGUAACUUUGGAGGUGAGGAAAACUGAGGAAGGCAUUCAUUUGUAAACAGAUUCGUACUAAACCUAUGCAGAACCACUUCGAUGGUCUUGUCACCUCUUAAAGAUCCCCCCUUAAAAACUUAGAGUGGACUGAACCACUGUUAAACAGAAAGAAGGGGAGGCCGGUGGAUAAAGACGAGACCCGACAUGCUUGUAUUUGGACAAUUGCGCUGCAACAUUUAGAGGAGACGAAAAAUGAAAAACGGUGGAAAAUGCCUUUGUGACCGAUCAAUGUACAAAGUUUAUUUUUUUGCUUUAUUUCUGUAUUGUUUUUUUCUAUUAUUUAAUCAGGACUCAAGCCUUUAGUGUCUUCUCAGAGGUGUCGUGUUGUGUGGUGACACCGCAGUGAGACAGAACAACACACAAAUGUCAGAAACAGCGACUAUAUGAACAAAAGAGACGGCCUGUGGACGACCUUGUGUUCAUUCCUUGUCAUAGUUUUUUUUUCUCGAUCGCUUUCUCGGCUCCCUUCAACCUUCACCUCUGUGAUCUCAUUGCCAUAGAUUUAUUUUUGACGUCGUGAAUUGCCUCAGUUCCUCUCACGUGGGGAGGAUUUUGGAUUUGAAGUGAUGCAUCGAGGUUUUCAGUGCUUCCUCAGUGCAUUGCAGCAGCCUUUCUAUCCACACAGAGGAUAAAAAAAAGGAUUCCUUGGCUACUACGUUACAAAAGAGGAGUAUUAUCUUACCACUUGCUUAACUCAGAAGCUCCAGUCACCUGCCUUUACGUGAUGCAUUCACUGACAGCGUUACAAACAAGUUCCUCCCUCUGUGUUCACCGUGUCAGCCAGUUCCUGAGGUUUUUCUUAUUUUUCCCUGUCUUUUUGUUUGUAGGAACGUACUAUUUGCUGGUAGAGAUCUAGUUCACCUACUGUUUCCCAGUUUGUUUGUUUGUUUGUUUUUGGAUUCUUUCUAACUUAAGGGAAAAAUGAAAGUGUUUGUUGCCUCUUUGUGCUACUGAUUAUAAAAAAAGGUAUCUCCAGUAUUUGUUGCCACAGAAGUAUCAUAGCUUAUCAUCAACACUUUUUUUUUGUAAUUUUUUUUGUGCGACUUCUUGAGCUACUGUCUAUAAAGCGAGAAUUUAUUACUAUUUAUGUAACGCUACUACCAUUUUAUAUUGAUUUGUGUUGGAAUCUCAGUGCUUUUCUAUGAAUAAAGUGUGAAACACGUUA